AUGAGGCCUGACAGAUCUCCAGAAGAGAGCCCUGUGGGAGACACAAGGAGGCUAGGGCGUAAGCCCAAGUCCAAAGAUGCAUUCAAAGAUGUUUCCAUACACUUCUCCAAGGAAGAAUGGACAGAGAUGGGAGACUUGGAGAAAAUUCGUUCCAAGAAUAUGAAAAGGAACUAUGAUACGCUUCAGGCCAUAGGUCUCAGAGCCCCUCGACCGGCCUUCACUUGUCACCGCAGGAAAGCCGUCAAACCCCAAGUGGAUAAUAUUGAGGAUUCUGAUGAAGAAUGGACUCCAAGGCAUCAAAGAGAAGGGCCAGGAGGAGUUAGAGGUACUGUUCUGAAACUUAACUUGGGUUUAGGUCUGAGCUGCAUCUCAGGUUGUGGCUUUGAACAGGCUCAGAAACCACUGUCGUCUCCUGGAGAAGCAGAUGCCCCUGAACAGCACUCAAAUGCCAACUUAGAACUCAGAAGAAAGGGGACUGAAGUGAAGAUGUAUAGCCUCCGAGAAAGGACGGGCCAUGUGUACCAAGAGGUCAGCGAGCCCCAGGAUGAUGACUACCUGUAUUGUGAGAAGUGUCAGAACUUCUUUGUCGACAGCUGUACUGCCCAUGGGCCCCCCACAUUUGUAAAGGACAGUAAGGUGGACAUGGGGCAUCCCAACCGCUCAGCCCUCACUCUGCCCCCUGGCCUGAGAAUCGGGCCAUCGGGCAUCCCUGAGGCUGGGCUUGGAGUCUGGAAUGAGGCGUCCGAUCUACCACUGGGUCUGCUCUUUGGCCCCUAUGAGGGCCAGGUCACAGAGGAUGCAGAGGCAGCCAACAGUGGAUACUCCUGGCUGAUCACGAAAGCGAGAAACUGCUAUGAGUAUGUCGAUGGGAAGGAUGAGUCCCGUGCCAAUUGGAUGAGGUAUGUGAACUGUGCCCGGGAUGAUGAAGAGCAGAACCUGUUGGCUUUUCAGUAUCACAGGCAGAUUUUCUACCGAACCUGCCGGGUCAUCAGGCCGGGCUGUGAAUUGCUGGUCUGGUAUGGUGACGAGUAUGGCCAGAAGCUGGGUAUCACCUGGGGCAGCAAGAAGAAAAGAAAGCUAGUAUCAGGGGGAGGGUUCCCAGAGCUAGUAAUUCAUUGUGAACAUGAUGAUCAGAAUCAUACUCUUGAGCAGCUUAAGCAGAAUCAAAAACAGAGAUCCAUCCAUGUCCAUCCUGUUCUCUGGCAUUCUCCAGUCAGAAAUUGCUCCACCAGCAUGUGGAACACAGUCAUCUCUCUCAAAACCCUCCAGGAACACCUGCGAGAAAACAGCCGCAGUUGGAGGAGCCCUGCCCAGAGAGUCAGAAUCAGCAGCAGGAGCAGCAUACUGACCCACACAGCUGGAAUGACAAAGCUCAAGGUCAAGAGGUCAAAGAAAAGUCCAAACUUUUACUUGAAAGGAUCAGGCAGAGGAAGAUUUCUAGGGCCUUUUCUAAACCCCACAAUGGACAGAUGGGGAGCUCUAAGCAAUGUGAGAGAAUGA